AUGGAGUCGCGAUCCGUCCGCGACUUGCGGCCGCAGCGCCGCCGGGGCAGGGGUGGCGGCGGAGUGGACCGCAUCAGCGGGCUCCACGACGACCUGCUUAUCCAGAUCCUCGUCCGCCUCCGCUGCGCCGGCGCCGCCGCCCGUACCAGCGUCCUCUCCCGCCGGUGGCGCGGCCUAUGGAGGCACCUCCCGGAGCUCUCCUUCCGCGGCGUCGCGCCCGGCGCUGUCGAAGCCGCCCUCGCCCAGGUCGCCCUCCCAAAGCUGUCCCUCCUCGACAUCGAUACCUCCUGGCUCUACACGCUCCGCGCCGACGCCGUCGCCUCGCUGUUCCGCACCGCCGCGCGUCUGGACCCGGUGGAGCUCAGCAUGAUGCUUCGGGUGCACCCAGGUGAUGAACUGGUCCCCUUCGUGGUGCCUUCAUUUGCCCGGGCGAAAUCGAUCAGGCUCGACGUGGACAUGCUCCAUCUGACACCGCCGGCGCUAGACGGUGGGUUCCCGGCGCUGGAGAGGCUUUCCAUCACAAACAGCCGCUUCGAUACCGGUGCCGACCGCUUCGAUAUCGGUGCCCUUAUCUCACGAUGCCCACAACUGCGCGUGCUAGAGUUGAUCAACCGUUGGGGUCUCGACACCGUUACGAUCAACUCGGCAACAAUUGAGGAGCUUCUUGUGAUGGACGUGCAGUUCUCAAUCUCAGGUGUUGACAUCGUGGCACCCGUGCUGAAGAAAUUCACCUUGCAUAGCUCCCUGUCCGCGGAUUUCAGCAUGUCAUUGUCGGCGCCUUUGGUGGAGGAUCUCUCGUUGAAUUACAGUUCUACUUGCUUCCCUAGCUCUCCUAAUGCAGUAGGGAUUGAUGGGAUUGGGAUGUGGUGCCUGGGUCACCUGAAGUUAGGGACAGAGGAGAAUGGCUUCGUCCUAGGUUUGAACCUUGAAAGAGCGGUGCGUCUCCAUUGA